CCGUAUACCUAGACUUGCCAGGCUACUUAACAUAUGAUUUCGUACUACGUACCUAUAGUAUAACGGUUCGCUUCUUUUGUUUUUGGUAGGAUUGAAUUCAUUGAAACCGGUCGAAGUAAACCAACGGUACCAUUAACUGACGAGUGCAUGUCACGAUCGAACUUAUAGGGACUUACAUUACUUCCGAUUGACCUACUAAUUCUAUUAAUACCCAUAUUUAAUACAAAGUAACACUACACAGCCUUUAAGAGCGUGAAUGGUUAAAAAUGUAGAUAGGUACAAAUUAAAUAAAUCUGACAGGCAAGCAUUGUCAGUAGAAAAAGGCAACAAAUAUAGAAAAUUUAGCGCAAAGGAUAGACAUAUGAUACAAAUAUUGAAUUACGCGUGUUUUCCUACUGGCCAAAUGUUUGCCUCUAAAUACGUCCUUGAUGAGUCAUCAAAAACCAAUCCUUACAAAUCCAUUUUAUCUAUAAAAUCAUAUUCAAGUAGCGACAUAAUGGGAUCAGUUUACUCAUACUGAAAAUUCACCCCAAAAGCAUUUGAAAAUUAGUAACAGGACCUACAUUUGUUAUAUGAUUCUCGUUUGUUACUUGAUAACAUGCCUGUCAGUAGGAGUAGUAAGGAAGAACGAAAAAGCCAUCGGGGAGGUGUGUGUCGCUGGGGAGGGAGUGGUGGUGGCACGCACGCCGGCGCCGGCGCCGCCGGCAUUGCCCCAGCUGCUGCAGCUCGCGGCACACGCGCUCCUCUCUUUUGAGUUAAUGUACAGCUCGUACGCGUAACCACCUAAAAUAUACUCCAACACGAUGGAUAAGCUACAAAAUAUUCUUAUUUUUGCUGCUGUGCUCGCAUCAGGGACCUGUAAUACAAACAUGUUCGGUGGGCGCUGCUCGAGUCGAGACCCCGCCGUGGACGCCUGCCUGCUGCGCGGGUUCAACUCACUCGCGGAGUACCUGAAGGGCGGCGCGCCGGAGCUGGGCAUCGAGGAGGACGAGCCGAUAGUGAUCGAUGAGUUAUCGAUAGCACUGGGGGGCGGGCCCGACGGCUACCGAGCCACCUUCAAAGACAUACAUGCCACCGGAGUCUCAAACAUGACCAUAACUAAUGUCAGGUCCGACCUAGAGACCCACCAGUUCCAGCUGACGCUGUUCGGGCCGCACAUCAGCGCGCGCGCGCGCUACCGCUCGUCGGGCGUGCUGCUGCUCGUGCGCGCCUCCGGCGGCGGCGACUACUGGGGCGAGUAUGAUGGCGUGAAGGCUAAGGUGUACUUCCGCGGAGCACCGUACGAGCGCGAUGGCCGCACCUUCCUGAAGCUGCAGCAGCUCAAGCUCGACUUCUCCGUCAAGGACAUCCAGAUGGGCGUCGAGAACCUGCAGAACGGAAACGCAGUACUGCAAGCGGCGCUAAACCUGUUCAUCAACACAAACGCGCAAGAGCUGCUGAAGGAGAUGAAGCCGGAGCUGAAGCGUGACCUGGCCGACAAGAUGGCGCGCUUCCUGGCGCGGAUUCUCGACCACAUCCCCUACGACGAGUGGAUCGUGGACUGACCGCUGACCGCACUUACUUAACUUACAACUCCGACCUUAACUAUUCGCAACAUUUUACUAAGUAACUCGUUGAAGACUAGUUUUAAAUUAUUGUAAGGCUAUUUUUAUUUAUUUAUAACGUUAUCUUGACCGCCAGUAUUCACUACUUUUGAAGUGACUUAUUUUUUCAGCAAAAGAGCGAAUACAAAGUCGGUUAAAUAAGUUUGUCAGUAGAAAAUAGAGCCAAUUUCAAUUUUUCUAUGGGUCCUAUAAAAAAUUCAAUUUGCUGUUUUCUUCUGAUGACAAAAAUGGCUUGGAAGACUAUAGAUUCAAUUUUCAGGUAACCGUACACACCACGUUUAGAUUUGCAGAAACGAAUUGGACAUAUUCGAAUUGUGUCACUGUAUAGAGGUAUACUGCAACAUACAUACCUACUUAGAAACGCACAACAAUCAUCUGAAUAUUUAGGGUCAGACUAUUGUUGCUUACUGAAAUAUAUAUCUAAGUAACAGUCUUCUUCUUCUUCUUCCUCGCGUUGUCCCGGCAUUUUGCCACGGCUCAUGGGAGCCUGGGGUCCGCUUGACAACUAAUCCCAAGAUUUGGCGUAGGCACUAGUUUUUACGAAAGCGACUGCCAUCUGCCCUUCCAACCCAGAGGGUAAACUAGGCCUUGUUGGGAUUAGUCCGGUUUCCUCACGAUGUUUUCCUUCACCUUCUAAGUAACAGUCUGACCCUAAAUAUUUAUAUUGUUAGGGCUUGAUACUGUAGGUAAGUAUCUAGGCAUAUAUAGUACUAGUUGUUGCCCGCGACUGCGUCCGCGUGGAAUCUUAUCUUGAACAAUUUACAUCUUUAGUAGGUGCAAAAUAUUUAUUAGAUACAAUACUAAUUUUAUUAUCUCAGUAGCGGCUUUGCAUUGAUUCAAACUUUCAACGCAUUCAUAAGUAAGGGGAGACAUUUUGAAAACUUGUUAAUGUUUGGUACCCAAAAACCGGACCGUAUUACUAAGACUCCACUAUCCGUCUGUCCGUCCGUCGGUCUGUUACCAGGCUGUAACUCAUGAACCGUUAUAGCUAGACAGUUGAAAUUUUCACAGAAAAUGUAUUUCUGUUGAUACUAUAAUAACAAAUACUAUUAAGUGGGGGUCCCAUACAACAAACGUGAUUUUUUUGCCGUCUCUUGCGUAAUGGUACGGAGCCCUUCGUGCGCAAGUCCGAAUAGCAUUUGACCGGUUAUUUUUUCUUGUAGGUACACGACAUAAAUGUAACCUGUAAGGUUAAGAUGGUCAGCUCUUUACCAUUUGUCAUUAUGCCUGUCACGUUCUAACAAGUAUAUAAGCGCGAAAGUGAGGGGCAUAGUGAUAAGUGAUAAAAAUGGAACCAUGAUGCCACCGCUGAUGUGCUAACUUCAAGUUUUUGGCCAUAGUAGCUCCCGCUUAGCGUUACUUAAAAAAAUCAACUCAUUACUCCUUCAGGGGAUGAAUUUUUAUAAACGCUGAAAUAUGCGCAUAUACAAAGUUUCAAGUUCCGCAUUAGAUUUUUUUUAUCUGUAUAUAAAUUUUCACCCCUUUUUAACCAACCACCUUUAAUUUUCAAAACACUGAAAUUAGUUUACUUGUAUAUUAAAAAUAUAUCUUUUAACGAAGUUUUAAAUUCCUAACUUAAAAUAAAACUUGAACCCCAAGACCAAGUUUCAUCCCCUUUUAACCCCCUUCGGGGUUAUAUUUUUAAUAGAGUUUAGUUAAUGUUAUUUUGUUAUCUUAUAUUAUGCCUUUAUAAGAAGUCUCAAAGAAUUUGUAAUGUAUUCCAACUUUCAAACCCCUUUUAAGCCUGUUAGGGGAUGAAUUUUUAAAAACGCUGAAAUUACUUUUCUUGUGUUUUAAUAAUAUGCCCAUGUACAGAGUUUCAAGUCCCACACUCAAAAAAAUUUUUGGUCUAUAAUACAAACUUUCAACCCCUUUUUCAUUACUUUAGGGGAUGUAUUUGCAAAAACGCUGAAAUCUGUUUUGUUGUAUUUUAAGAAUUUAUCGUUUUACGAAGUUGCGUAUUCCUAGCUAAAAAUAAUACUUUAACCCCAUACAAACUUUGGACCCUCAUUUCAUCCCCUUGGGGGAUGAAUUUGAAAAAUCCCUUCUUAGUGGACCCCUAGACCUUAUAAGGAACCUACUUGCCAAAUUUGGACUUUCUAGUCCCAGCGGUUUGGGCUGUGCGUUGAUUUAAGUCAGUCAGUCAGGUCUUUCCCGUUUAAAUAUAUAGAAGACUAGAAACUAGAAUUAAGAAUCACCUAACAGUUUGAUAAACGAAAUAGGCAGUGGAUUUGUUUGUUAUUCCCAGUGUUUACACAUAAUUAUUUUUUAUUGUUAAUAAAACACCAGGAACUAAAUGUUCCUGACGGAGCAUUACAGGUGCUACAAGUAAUUUUAUAUACAAGUAGGUUUAGUAAGUACUAGGUACCUACUUAGCUUAGUUCAGAACAAGUCUAAGCUAUGUACUGCAUCUUAUUUUCUAAGAUUAAACGAGACGUCGAAAUCACUCCGUGUCGCUUUGUAGGCAGCUAUGAAUUCAUAUUAUUGUAUUAGAAAAUUAUAUGGUACAGACAGUGCCGAUUACAUGUUAAAGUUAUAAAUACAUAUUAUAUCAAUUCUUGAGCAGGUGCUUCCAAUUUACUCAUGUCUUAGUCAUUAAUCCAGAUUGUAAGUAUUAAACAGUGUCUAAACACUCAUUUUAAUUUACUUAAUUUAAAGUAAAAAGUUCAAUAUUUUUCUUGGCUGUGUCGUAAAGAUACAAAAUGGGAUUUAACAAGACCCCUUGUAUUAAUAUAUAAACGUUUUCUCUAAAUGUGUGUGUACCUAUUAGGACUGACUAACAAACAAUGCUGAAGGCGAUGGAAAACCUAAAGGUGGGUUAUGGUGUGGUGUUGUGGUGGGUCUACGCUAGACGAGCCGAGCACGAACGGAAUCGUUCUGGGCUUCGUCGUUCGCGGCUCAAGCGUGGACUUACAACGAUCACUGUCCUCGCGCGAUGCACAUCCCUUUGUGUUCGUCAAAAAACGAACGAUUGGCGGAGCACAGUCGAGCACGAGCAAAAUGCCUCGAACGCGGACACACUAAACGGAUUGUUCUCGGUUCGCGUUUAGCUCGUGCUCGGUUAAUCUAGUGUAGACCCGCCUUAAACUGGAAAGGUCAUGUACGAGUAUGGAAAUGGAAUCACCGGCAAGACGGAUGUAAAAUAAAAAUCAGAGUUCUGUUUGAGCCAGGUUUUAGCUCAUAUGGUUAUGAAUAAAAUAAUACUAAAACAUUUGUAUGAACAAGAGUAUCGAUAACACUUUUGUUACCUAAGUAAAUAGCAUUAUUUACAUAAGCAUUAUUUACUGUAUACAAUAGAUACGUAAUUAAGAGUAAUUCCAUAAUGUACAGAUUUUACAAGUAGAAUUGUAUACUUUGUAUCGGUUUCUAUGUUCAUUUUAAUAAAGUGCGUCUAAGUUAACUCUGCACCACCUACAGCGACAAAGCACAGGUACAAAGUUACAAACGUUAUAUUUUCACAGUGUGUUGACGUAUAUUCUGUCACUUUUCAAGUCAGUGCUUGAGACGUGAGAGUCCGCGAAGAGUUAUGGAGAGACUCUAAGCAUUUAACAUCUGUCGUAUAUUUUAGGUAAAUUAUAGUUGUGAAAUGAGCCAAAUAAUAUGUGGGCAAGAAUAGCGUCUUAUGUACCAUCAGAUGAAAGGCUAAUUAUAAUUCAUAUAAUUUACGUAUUAUAUUAUGUCCAGUAAAACCUUUUUAAAAAUAUUUGUAGUAUUAUUCACCCUUUGAAACUACUCAUACUCAUACUCAUUUAUACUUAAAUUCGUAGAAAACAACCAUGACUCGGGAACAAAUAUUCGUGCUCAUGCCACAAAUAAAUGAGUUGUGUAAUUAAAAGUUCUUUGUUUCGUAAUUACAACAAAUGAUGUUGACCGUCUACAAAUUAUCUGUUUUUUUUUUCAAAGGUUGACUGGUAGAGAAUCCCUUAUAGCAGUAAGUCCAUCUUUUGUUCAAUUGUAUUUUCUUUUGUGCAAUAAAGAUUAAAUAAAAAAAAUAAAA